AUGCCUACGGAACGGCCUCCAGCUUCGUUUUAUUUAUUGCCUCCAGAGCGCUUGCUACCCGCCUCAACACUACCAACAUGGAUCGGCCGCAUUGUCAAAUCCUACAGUGAGCCAGAUGCAAAUUUCGUGCCAGUCGACCCAGCGCUCUUCGUCAAGGGUCCCUUGGCAACCAGCACUAUCGCCAACGCCAGCCUCGCAGCAUCCUCACAGAGGCACAAAUCACUUGCUGCAGCGCUCGGCGCCUCCACCUGCAACGCCUCACGAGAAACCAGUCAAGGUGGCGGUCUCUCCUUCACGAGUUCCGAAAUCAUGUGUACAAAAUCUGAACUACAACGUAUGUUAGCCCGCGGGGACAAUACUGGUUAUAUGAUCACCGCGGUGCUCAUCUGGUGCGAUGCUACUUUCACACACUCAAGAGAACACGGGAUCGAAACGUCGGCCGGUGCUUCGGUGCCGAUAUCUGCAAUUGUGAUGGGCACUUCAGGUGUUGCACUCCCCUCUGAAGUCACUGAUCCAAGUGUUUCCGCUUCGUAUGGUCGCCAAGAUACAGCUGAGCUUUCCGGCGAAAGCGCCGGUAGUCACAUCUUUGCAAUCCAGUACAAGACUGUGCGCAGAUCAUUUUUCCAGUUCUUGGGUGCUGGUAUGAAACUUAAAAGUCACGGUCCGGACUUGCCUGCAUCGCAGUCUUUCGCAAAGAAACAUCCCAGAGACUCGGAGGAUGAGGAUGAUGUCAGUAGCGAGGAAGAAAGUGACACAGAUGAUGAUGAUGAUGAUGAUGAUGAUGAUGACAAGACCGAUGAAGCCAAAUCUGAAGGCGAUACCGCGAUCGACAAUGAAACAUCUGGCAAUGGGAAGGUUAUUCUAGAGAUGGAUGAGGAUGAUGUUACAUGGGCUGACGUGCUGGACGAAGACGAAGAAGAGAUUCAACGCGCUGACAUUAACGUCGAUGGUGAAGAAAUACAAUUUGUAUUUAAUUAA